AUGGGACACGUUGAAAUGAAGCGGAUGAGUGUGGUUAAGCUCUAUACUGGCCAGUCAGCCUGGUGCCUUCUGCUGCUGCUGGAACCGUUCCGGACAACAGUUGUCAGUGCGGGAGGCCUGCCAUGCGCGUUGCGUCAGUAUGCGAGCGGCUCGGUGUGCGUGUGCAAUGUGACGUACUGCGACACGCUGGAAUUUACCGAACCGGCCGAGCUCGGUAACUUUGUGCUCGUGUCCAGCAGCAGCGCUGGGUUACGCUUUGCCCAGACCGAGGGCAACUUCACCCGUCAAAGCACCAAACAGCACCGGCUCCGGGCGGAUGACAUUACGAUCACUCUCGAUCCACUGAAACGCUUCCAGACGGUGGAAGGGUUCGGUGGUGCCUUUACCGGUGCGGUUUCGCACAAUCUGAACCGCCUCGAUGGUGCGCUGCGCGAAAGUCUCUACAAAGCGUACUACUCCAGGACGCAGGGCAUCGGGUAUCGGUUUAUGCGCGUGCCGAUCGGUGGCUGCGACUUCGAUCUGGAACCGUGGGCAUACAACGAGCUGCCGAUCAACGAUGCGUACCUGUCGAACUUUACGCUGCUGGAUGAGCGAGAUUUGCUGAAGGUGGCACAGAUCAAGCGGCUGAUGGAAGUGACGGGCAACGAUGAUGUUCGGCUGAUCGGGGCGGCCUGGAGUCCACCGCCAUGGAUGAAGUCGAACAACGGGUGGACCGGCGCGAGUCGACUCAAGCCAGAGUACUACCAAACCUGGGCCGACUAUCACGUGCGCUAUCUGGAGCUGAUGCGCGCGGCCGGGCUAAACUUUUGGGCCAUUUCCACCGGCAACGAACCGCUGAACGGUGUGAUCGGCUUUCUUUUCAUCCACUUCAUGAGCCUGGGCUGGACGGCACCGGAUCAGGGCCGGUGGGUAGGACAGCACCUUGGGCCGGCGUUGAAAAACUCGCCCGUCCGCGAUGUGAAGCUGUUCGGGUGCGAUGACCAGCGGUACACCUUCCCGUGGUGGUUUGGGCUGAUGGAUCAGGGACACCCGAACGCCACGAGCUAUCUGGACGGAUUGGCCGUACAUUGGUACUGGGACGGUGUAGCACCGGCGGCACUGCUCGAUCAAACCGCGGCACGCUAUCCGGACAAGCUGAUCUUCAACACGGAGGCAUCGCUCGGCGAUAAGCCGCUGCAGCAACAUCGUCCCAUCCUGGGGUCGUGGGAACGGGCCGAGUCGUACAUACUGUACGUGAUGCAAGACCUGCAGCACAGUGUGCACGGCUGGAUCGAUUGGAACCUGCUGCUUGACGAGCGCGGUGGCCCGAACUGUAGUGCCGUCAUCGUGACCGUCGUCGUCACAGCGAGCGUCAGGCGUGGAGCUGCAAGCAUAUUCUACGGGCUGGGACACUUUUCACGGUUCAUACUGCCCGGCUCGGUACGGUUGGAGGUGCGCUCGUCGAGCAGCGACGUCGCAGUCGUGGCGUUCGAGCGCCCGGACAAGAGAACCGUCCUGGUGUUUUACAACAAAGCCAACUGGAAAUCGACCGUCCGGAUAGAGGACAAACGGUACGGCGGUGUGCGAGUUAGGCUGCCGGCAAAAUCGGUGCAUACGUUGCUUUAUCUGUGAGACUGAAUGUGAACGUGAACCAGCAGUGAAGACUAACGCAGCAAACGAUCGCCUCGCAACAUUUCGUAGAUCGUAGAGUAAAGAAUAAACCCCCACCCCAGCGAACGGGCGCACGUUCUCACAUAC